AGAAGGAAAAAAGAAAAACGAAAGAAGAACAAAAAGCACAGAAUAAAGCAGAAAUCAAAUGGCAGGCAGAGGUUCACAGAGCGAAACAGAACAUACUUGGACGACGUAUAGCGAAGAAAUCCGGUGAAGCGAGACAACCGCACAAUCUAUACACGAGAGAUGAAACGAGUGAGCAAACGAGAGGCGACAACGUAACCGAGAAUCACCGCGAGAGACGGAGUAAGUCCGUCUAAAGGGAAGAGCGGUGGAAGAAAGAGAGAGAGAGAGAGAGAUUGUGGAGGAUGGUGGGUUAUAGUGACGUCACGUCGGGUCGAUACUCACCCACACUCUAUUUGCCGGCGUGGUGGUGGGCUAUGGGGGCGCAGGCGCGGCCUCGUACGCUCCUGAGCUCCUUCCCGCCAUAUUAGCCAGCAUGGGGUAGGCGAGGAUGUUGAACAGGGGUGAUACGGGCUGCUUCUUCUCCCACAAGGUAAUCCGUGUACCUGUGUCGCGUGGUCCUGGCCCUGCGCUCUCACGUAUCUGUUCUUUCAUCUAUCCUGCAGUGUCUAUAGCCGUCUAAAACCGACUAAUUUGGGCCCCGAUAAACGCAAACGUCCCCGUAGUCAAGGUGUACAAGGGUGGACCGGUGUGCCCUAGUUGUUGGGAUUCUCGUGAUUCCUUCCUUGACACUUGGUGAGAUAUAUAUAAUCCUCGAGGAGUGUGCUCGCGUGUCACGCAUGGAUAAACGCACGAAUAGCAUCACGGCGAGGACCACGGAUCUCGACACCUCGACAGCAAAGGAAGAAGAGAAGCAGAGGGCCUGGACAUCGGGUGAAACGAGGAAGAGAAGGGUUGAGAGCAGCUGCACGAUCAAGGGUGAGGAACUCCUCACCGCUUCCGACGGCCUUCCCGAGGACACGUCUAACAAAAGAGGUUGCAAAUCGGCCGCGCAAGUGUGGAUGUCUUUAUUGUCCCUGUGCGACCGGAUGUGCGGCUCUGCCGCGUGGCUCGUCCUCUUCACAUGCCUCCACGGGGUGCGCCGGGGGGAAGUGACAGACAUAAGCGCAAGUCCUGGAAGGCAAGCACCUGCCAACCAGUUGCGCCCCAAAGAACCACCCCCCAUGGUCAUUCAGGGAGACUUCAGGAAGGUGAGUGGAAUCAGUACAGAGAUAUUCAAGCAGAUCGAAACCGUCGAGAACGAUCAUGACGCCUCGACAGCAGCUGCCCUCGAAGCUGUCGAACGAAGGGGUGAGAUGGUUGUCCGGGUCAUCGAGCCACGACAGAUGGGCAGGCAGGCGUCCGAAGCGGCGAAGAAGUUCAUUGCUAUGCAGGAUCCAAAACAACCUAUCCAUUUUGUUGAAAUAAUUAAAAGACCAGGACAAACAUUGGGAUUAUACAUACGAGAGGGUAAUGGUGUCGACAGAAAUGACGGUGUCUUCAUCUCGAGAAUAGCUCUGGAGACCGCAGUCUACAACAGCGGCUGCCUGAAGGUUGGAGAUGAGAUUCUAGCAGUGAAUCUGGUCGAUGUGACGCACAUGAGCCUGGACGACGUCGUAAUCAUUAUGUCGAUACCCAGAAGACUCGUCCUGGCGACAAGACACGGCCAACACCAGCCAGUUUCGCACAGUCGUCAGACUGAACAUAAGGCACCUCCAGUUGUAGUGAUCAAGAGAGAGCUAAACGAAGAUGAGAGUGAUCAUGCAACAAGCAAUCAUGUCAGGGAUGGCAAUCGUAGACGUGGCGAUGGUCGUGAGAUGUUACCUUCCCGAUCAAGGUUAGGUCUGACAGGUCUAGGUUCCAGUCAAGAUCUCGGAUCCAGCAAUGGCGAUCUGUAUUACAAUUCCAGACCGGAAGGGCAUUGGUCUUAUCAACCACCACCGCCUCCUGUAAUUACACAUCAGCCUAAACCCUCUACAACACAACAUUUCCAGCCUUAUGAGCGUGGAUAUCCAAAAACAUUGGAGAGUUUGGCUGAAAAAGAUUUUACAAAGGUACACUCGUUCUACACGGGGCCAGUUAUGCCCUCUAAUGGUGGCCGCCGGAUGUCCACGGGUGCAGGAAUGCAAUCAGUUGGUAGCAGAUUAUCUAGUCAAACUCAAUCAACGCAUUAUGGUUAUGGUCAGCAUACUGGAACUGGAAGAAUCAUGCCUAGAAGCGGUUCGGAUCAACAUUUACCUCGGGUUGAUUACACGAGCAUCACAACUCCAGCUAGACAUACUCUUCUUAGAUCCAGUUUGAAGUCAGGAACUUCUGCGUUGAGAUACAAUACCAGAUAUGGUACUCAGGGAGAUAGCGCGUCAACUACACAAAGACAAGGACAAUUUGGUACCCUAACCAGGAGGCAUCGACCAUCAUUGGAUUAUGCUUCCGAUACCGAAGCAACUUGUUCAAGUUCGCCGAAAUCGGCUUAUUAUUAUUAUAGGCAUAACAUGAAUAAUCCGCCACAAAGUAGUGCUGUCUCGCAUCUUGCCACUCUCUCGAGAUCACAGAUUGGUCAGAGUUCCUCAGGCUUGAGAUCGAAUUCGUUGCCUCGUAGUGGCAGAACGUUGCCUCAGCAACCAGGUCUCAGGUCUGGACUUAGCACAGUAGCAUCUGGACUAAUAGAUCAGGAAGAUAGCGAUGGUGCACUGUCAGCGCCUGAACUACCUUCCAUCAGACGCGAUAGAGGAAGAAUACCGUCAUCACCUAGUGUGUUCACAUCAGAUGAGUACCGGGCAUGGUUGAGUCGAACGCCGAGUACCAGUGCAUUAUAUGAGCAGAUCAGAGCCACUACAACCAGACCACCACGUUAUACCUACAGUGCAGAAAAUAUUCAUGCAGCUGCAAAUCAAGGUGAAUAUGGAAGCUAUGGAGCAUACAGACCACUUUCCAGCACGUUAGAUCGUUUGUCAACAAGAUCAGCUUCUGCACAACAAGUGAAUCUUGCCAAUUUAAGAGCAUCGACGGCAAUAAGUUCAACAUGUCCUCGUGGAACAGCGAAUCAAAGACCGGCCUCGGUUGCAUCCAGUGCUCGUACUUCUUUGACGAGUCAGAAACCAUCAUUGAGUAGCUCCACUACCCAGAGAGCAACGUCAGUCAGGAGAAUCAGAAAUCUGCUAGACUUAGAGUCCACGCGAAGCAUACCUACCCCCACGCCUACCAGAACUCAGGAUCAAAGACUGCUAGAUAUUAAUCCUGCAGAGUUCCUUAAAUAUAAGAUAGAAAAACCUCCAACUGUUGGAACUCCGAGCUCUACCAGCUCUCUUUUGAGUUCACUUGGAGAAACUAGCAGCGGCGAUUUGGCGGGAGGCGUUAGCGGACUUCUCUGGGUUCAUCUUCUGGCUGGGCGUGGUCUUCGUUCGACAACAUCUUCUUCAGCAGCCACUACACCUUCUACACCAUCAGGUCAGCCUAAUUUAGCUAGUUGCGGUUUGAGAGACCUUUACUGCGUACUGGAGUGCGAUAGAGUACACAAGGCGAGAACAGUGAUGCGAACCGGUGAUUUGAUGUUCGACUGGGACGAAACCUUCGAGCUGGAUCUCGUUGGCAACCGUCAAUUAGAUUUGCUGGUCUAUUCAUGGGACCCACAGUAUAGGCACAAGCUGUGUUACAAAGGAUCUGUACAUCUGGCGACUCUUUUGAAGGAGUCACCAGUUCAUCAGUUAGCUGUCAAGGUCGAACCACGUGGCACAAUUUAUCUAAGACUGCGAUACACUGAUGCUCAACAGACAUUCCGAAGAAGAGGACUUCCGGUUAUAUCUCUUGCCACAAGAGUGGCACCCCUUUUCGGAGUUGAUCUUGACACGGUGGUAAGUCGAGAAAGCAAGACUGGUGGAGUUCCUGGAGGCGUUUCUACCGCUUUAGCAAUGGGCGUUCCAAAUGUGCCCAUAAUUGUAUGGCGUUGUGUCGAAGAAGUUGAAAGAAGAGGUCUUGAUAUUAUUGGUUUAUAUAGGCUUUGUGGAUCAGCUACGAAGAAGAGGAUACUUAGAGAAGCUUUUGAAAGGAAUGCUCGUUCGGUGAACUUGUCGCCUGAUAAUGUGCCAGAUAUCAAUGUCAUUACUGGUGUAUUAAAAGAUUACUUGCGAGAACUUCCAGAACCACUCUUCACGAAGUGCCUCUACCAAAUGAUGGUCGAUGCACUGGCCGUCUGUCUACCAGAUGAUCCACAGGGCAAUGCAAAACUCAUGUUUAGUAUACUUGAUUGUUUACCAAAAGUGAACAGGUGUACAUUAAUAUACUUGCUCGACCAUUUGGCAAUGGUGGUAUCCCAAUGCAAUAAAAUGUCUCCAGCAAGUUUGGCAGUUUGUUUUGGACCAGUAUUAAUGCUACAUUCAGAAGAAAAUGGGCCACCUCUGGAUUUCCAACAACCAAUAGCAGUUCUCAAAUAUCUUCUUGAGAUUUGGCCUGUUAAGUCAGUUCGGAAGAUUUCUUCAGUCGCUUCAGCGCUUCCUCGAGCUACGCCAGCAGUCGAGCACAACAGUCAACAGCAACUGCAGCAGCAGCAGCAGCAGCAGGUACAGCAACAGGUACAGCAACAGGUACAACAGCAGUUACAGGGAACAUUGGGGCGCACAGGGCUGUCUUGGCAGCCUCAACACUCACUUCAUCAACAGCCCCCAACUACGGCACCACCCGUAGCUCUCGCGUCCUCCACUCGUCCACCACCACCGGUCAAGCCUCGACAGGUGAUAGUCUCGUCUCCCGGUUCACCUAGCAGCGAGGAGUCAGAAGUCUCGCCGGAACCGAUUAACAAGAGCCUCCUCGGCGGCCUGGGACUCGAAAAGAGCAACGAAGGGACCACAGUGAACUCGACUGGUCCAGGAACAGAACAAAUUACACCGACCAGUAGCGUCGACACUGAGGAGGGGAAUAUACCACAUCUAGAAGAAGGCGAAAAGGGAGUUGAGGGUGAUAUAGAAGCUAGUGACGACGAUCGACAUCAGCACGCACCCAAGACGCAUUAAAAUUUCGUUGAACAUAUGGAUUAAUUAUAAGUCGAGGGUGUGCGCCCAUAACUUAAAUAUCUCCAUUUCAAUUUGAUACUUUGAAGAAUUUUGCUUUUUUUUUGUUGAAUGAAGAUUAAGAAGAAACAGUGUUGGGCAUCGAACGAUGAAUAUUUAAAAAGAUUAGGAUUUGAAUUCAAUAUAUGAAAGAUAAUAUAAUCGAUUCAAUUAGUUGAAAAGAUUGAUUGUAAUCUAGUUAAUUGUUAAAGUAGACUGUGAACAGGCAAAGUCUGAUUACAGUUUUUGUAAAUUUAUUUAUUGACAUAAGAGGAAAGUUUGAUUAUAUGUGAAUAUAUUGCAUGAUACUGGUGCUGCAAAGGCUGAUGGUAAUAAAGAAUAAUGGAUUUUGAAGUCUGUUAGAACAAAUGUCUAUAGAUUGGUUAAAAGUUUUUGUUAUUCACAAAUAUGUUUGUUACAAUCGUUUAGGAAAAGAAGAGUGAGGUUAAGUUCUUAAGACAUUGCUUAUUAUUCAAAAUUAAAUAGAAUGGUAAGCAGAUGUGCUAAAGAAGUUUUUUUUAUCUUAGCAUACAAUUUUUAUAAUAUGUUGAUAAACGCUGGAGAAAAAAGAAAAUACAUUCUAUUUCUGAUUUCUCGAAGACAUUCAACGCGUUGACUGCUUCGAUUUGGAAACUAGUGUGCUAAUAUUUGUAUGACAAAACGAUUUUUUAAUUUUUAAUGCAUACUAACUAUUCAUAGAGCAACAAAAAAAUUUUUUUUAGAAUGUUAUUAUUGCAUUGUUGGCUGUGUUAGAAAAAUAAUUUUCUUCGUUAUAUGAUGUUGUGUUUUAAAAUAUUUAUAGACGUUUUCUUAUAACAGUCAACGCGUCAAAUCGCACAUAUAUUUCUCUGAGAAUGUUGUAUUUAAAAAAUGUGUAAUUUAUACGAAACUCGAGGCUGAAUAUUUGUCGCCAGACGCACAAUAAGAGCGAUCAUUGUUUCCCAGAUGAAACGACGCGCAUAAUGGGACCACUGCGAAUAUUCAUUAUAAAAUCAUCGUGAAGAAAUGAGAUCUUACGCUACAUUGACGAUCUGACGACUAACUAAAAGCCUUCUGCAAGUUUUAUAUGUAUACGAGUUUGUUUCCGUAUUGCUCAUCAGAUACGUAUAAAGAUAGCCCAUCAAA